AUGUAUACUUGUAAUACAUGCUGUUUAGAAUUCGAAACCAGUGAUCUUCAAAGAAAUCACAUGAAAUGUGAUUGGCAUCGUUAUAAUCUGAAAAGAAAAGUUGCGCAGUUGCCACCUGUCAGUGAAUCUGUGUUCAAUGAUAAGAUGCAACAAAUGAUAUCAAGUAAUCAAACAAACAACACUACUUCUAAAAAUUCGAGUGGUGAUGCAAAACUGUCUAAAAGAGAACAGAAAAGGAAGGAAAAGGAAGCCUUGCUGAAAAAAAAAAGACAAUUAUUAGAAACGGCAAGACAAAAUAUAUUGAAAGCCAUUGAAGAACAACAAAAGCAAGCAGAAUUGAAUAAUGUGAUGACUGUGGAAGAGCCUAUUCCAAUAGCAAAUAUUAUAAAGGAUCAACAAAUGGAAAUAGAAAUGAAAGAAGAAAAAGGAGAAGAAGAAGAAAAAGAAGAAUUAACUCCUGAUCAACUAGCUGAAAAAUUGAUGAAAGAAAAAAUUGCAAAUAAAGUAGAGAUUCCAAUUAACGUAUGCUUAUUCUGUAAUCAUAACCAAAGAGAAAAACAUCUGUCCACAUUCAAAGAUAUGGAUGCAAAUAUAGAUCAUAUGUUUAGAUGCCAUGGGUUUUAUAUUCCAGAACAGAAGUAUUUGGUUGACAAAGAAGGAUUAAUAAAAUAUAUGGCAGAAAAGAUUGGUCUCGGUAACGUCUGUUUAGUUUGUUCUUAUCAAGGUAAAAAUUUAGAAGCUGUUAGAAAUCAUAUGCUAGCCAAAAGACAUUGUAAGAUCCCGUAUGAAACAUUAAAUGAAAAACUAGAGAUAUCAGAGUUCUAUGAUUUCACCAGUACAUACUCCAAUUAUUCAAAGAAAUCAAAUGAUAAAGAAACUACUGUAACUAUUAAUGCUAAUAAUAUUCCUAGUAAUAGUGAAGGGAAUGAUAACGAAGAUGAAUGGGAAGACAUAUCUUCUGAUGACGAGGAAGUAGAAGACAAGAAUGAAGGAGAAGAAGAAGCAGAGGAAGAUAUCCCAGAAGAAUACUUGUAUAAUGAUGGUAUGGCCUUACAUCUGCCAACAGGUAUAAAAGUUGGUCAUAGAUCGUUACAACGUUAUUUCAACCAAUCUUUAAAACCCGAAAAGAUAUUAACAGAAGGCCAAGGUACUUUGGUGGCUGCAGACACAAGAUCCUUCGUUACUGGGUUUGAUAAGAAAAUUGUUCAAACACAACAAAGGGUCUGGCAGAGUGAAGUUAAUGAUAAGAAGAGAAAUGAAAAACGGUCAGCUAAAUUCAUUAAUCAUCAACCCCAUUACAGAGAUCAAUUAUUACAAUAA